UACACAGUAAUCGUCGAGUUUAUAAUACCAUCUAUGUACGUUUGAAUCCACGGCAAUAUUCCUAUUCACUGUGCACGUAUGACCGCAGUCAAAAAUGCGGUCUGUUCCGGAAUGGCGGUAAAGAAGUACAUACAUUAUAUCGAAGAUUUGUUUAUGCGGUCUUGGAGAGCUCGAUACAUCGAAUCGUACGAUACAUCGGCACACAACGGUCGCGCGGAAAUCAUACCGACGACUCGCGCGAAUUCGUUGGUCUGUAUUGAUUUGUUUUUGUUUGCUCCCGAUGAAACGUUCGUGACUUCCAGAGUUCCAGUCAGUUCAUUGUUAAUUCGAAACUGUUGAGGUGUAUGGGAAGCUCCCCAAAGUGUGCUGGUAUUUGGCGAAGUAUGCGCGUUAAAACUAAUGCAGACGUUAAUCCUCCGGAUUGCGUACAAGAGAAAGGACAUGUAACACGACAGUCUUCCUCGCCACGAUCAGAACACGAGACCAACAGCUCGAGUGAGAGCGUCGCUUAUCUCCAAAAAACUAUUAAUGACCCAACAAGCGCCAUAGUUCAGGAUCAAAUUAAAGCAAAUACAGCGAAGAUGUUAGUAAUGUUAGCUAGCGGUGAACAGAGAUUGAUUACCUUUGAUCUACCGACCGAUGAUUGCACUGUACACGAUCUAUUAGAACAGUUGAGCAUUUCGUCUGGUUGUGAAACAGUAGUCUCCUUGGUGGAUGAUCCUACACUAGGUAUAAACUACAUAGUGGAGACAAAUGCUGUUGCAUUUGGGAUAACCCACGAUAGCAGUGAUCAUAGUGAUUGUAAUUUUUCUCAGGAAACUGCGCCUAUUUUGGUCAAGGGAAUGCUUGCUCUCUGUCCACACUGCGGCUACAGUUCACUUCACUUCAACCGAUGUGAACGAUGUAAUACAAAAUUAACUGAGGAAGUCAAGUCGAUACCCAUAGAAGAAAAGAAGGCGACUGGGAUGUCUGUCGAUAUGUUCUAUAAGAAAAACAACGAGCGAAAAUUGGAGAAAGCAGAGCGAGACGGUCCCACGAGCAAGCGACCCAAAGGAAAGGGUAAAGGCGCAGCUUCAAAACCAAAGCUUAUUCAUAAAGAGCCAGAAUGUUUGACGAUAUCGUCCGACGAGGAAGAAGAGGGCAGGGCUAAAAAAAUAGGAAAUAUAAAUAGUGAUGCAGCCGUAGGCAAUGCGAAUAACACUUUUGACGAGGAAGUGGAUACAAUUUUGGAUAAAGAACCAAUAAUUACAAACAGCACGGUUUCUAGUUCAUAUGAUGAAAAUAGUAAGAAUAACGCAAAAAAUUUCAUAAGAAAUUUUGGUCAGUCAAUAAAGUGCGCCUGAAACGCUAAAAAUAAAAUAAUUGCAACAAUUUCAGGAAUAUGUGAUAAUGAAAGCUUUUUAGAGAAUAAUAUACCUUAUUACUUUGAUUUUCCUUAGUGUAAUCCAAA